AUGACCCCCUACCCCCGACCGCCCCCCGCGACCGCCUCUGGCCGCGACCUGCACGACCCUCGCCUGGCGGGCCUGAGGGCGCUGUACGACCACCACCGGGCGAAGGAGCUGCUCCACGACCCCCGAGCCAGGGACCUGCUGGCGCACUACCCGCUGCUCUAUCACUAUUACCAGGCCGGGGGCGUGUUCCCUUCCUCCAGCGCCACCGAGGGCUCCCAGCAGGCCACGCCCCUCGCCCCGCCUCCAGCCCCGCCCACGACCGCCCACCUUAGCCCGGCGCCCGCCCACAGACUCACGCCCCACGCCCUCUCUGCGUUCACGAGACUGGACCUCCUGAAGGCGCGGUCGCAGUGCCAGGUCGCCUCCUCCUGCACCUCCUCGCUGCUCUACACGUCGGCAUCGACGAAGGGCGUGCCGGACGGACCUCCCCCACGCCCCUUCGACCUCUCCAUGGGCUCCUCCCCCCGCGUCUCCGCCCCCGUCCACGCCCCCACCUCCACCACCACCACCCACACCUCCAGCGUGGGCGUGCAGGACCUCAAGUCGCCCUCUUCAGCGCCGCCGCCGACGUCUCCGGGGGCGCCGCCUACAGGAGGGUCGAGCUCCCCCGCGGCGCUGACCCCACAGGCGAGGGUCGGGGGGGAGGUCGUGGCCCCCUCCCCGGCGCCGCGAGUCGACCACAGCGCUCACGCUCUGGCGGCAUCAACUCCUCGAGCCACGCCCCCAAUUCCGUCACGGUCACGCCCAUCAAGAAGACCCUGGGGGCGGGGGGCGUGGCUAAGCCGGCGAAAACGUUCACCUGUCCCGUGUGGGAAAGGUGUUCAACGCCAUUACAACCUCACGAGACACAUGCCUGUUCACACCGGCGCGAGGCCCUUCGUGUGCAAGGUGCGUGGCAAAGGAUUCCGCCAAGCAUCCACUCUCUGUCGCCACAAGAUUAUCCACACGUCGGAAAAGCCACACAAAUGCCCUACGUGUGGGAAAUGUUUCAAUAGGUCCUCCACCCUGAACACGCACGUGCGCAUCCACCAGGGCUACAAGCCGUACGUGUGCGAGUUCUGCGGCAAAGGCUUCCACCAGAAGGGCAACUACAAGAACCACAAGCUCACGCACUCGGGCGAGAAGGCCUACAAGUGCCACGUGUGCAACAAGGCCUUCCACCAGAUCUACAACCUGACGUUCCACAUGCACACGCACAACGACAAGAAGCCCUUCCAGUGCUCCAUCUGCGGGAAGGGCUUCUGCAGGAACUUCGACCUCAAGAAGCACAUGCGCAAGCUGCACGAGAACGGCCCCUACGUGUCGCCCUCGCCGGCGGGAUCCCCCGGCAGCGACGCCGCCAUCACCUCCAGCGCCUCCGCGCCGCCGCCGCCGCGCCAGUUCUCCGUGCUGCCCUCGCUCAUGGGCGCCUCCGCCUCGCUGCCCACCAGCAUGGGCAUGGGCAGCCUCGGCUCGCUGUCGCACCCGCCGCCCGCCAUGCCGCCGCCGCUGCCCGCCCACUUCAUGAACCCCUUCCUGAUCGCGCCGCCCGCCCUGCCCGCGGCCGCCGCGGCUCCCUUCCUCCACAAGAUCCCCUCGCUGCUGGGCUGAUGGCUCCUGCUGGCUCACCUCGCCGCAGCCGCAGUCACGGCCUCCUCCUGACCCCUGCGCCCGCUGCGCCUGCUGCGUCGCCGCCUCCUGGGGAACGCUGCUCUUGCUGCGGCCGCGGCGGCGCCCUCAUGCCAAAGAACCUCCGCCUAGAGAAAGAGAAGAGCCGCGGUCGACGGCGGGUUUUGUGUCGCCAUUGCCACGCGGGGAUCGCCCAGGUGUUGGGUGUUUCCUAAUUACUUUUUCUCUCUCUCGGACGGAUGCGAGAGAGAGAGAGAGAGAGAGAGAGAGAGAGAGAGAGAGAGAGAGAGAGAGAGAGAGAGAGAGAGAGAGAGAGAGAGAGAGAGAGAGAGAGAGAGAGAGAGGCGGGAAAAGAAGCAGAGGCGCGACCGUUUCUCUCCUCCAUGGGGAAAUCAUGCGGAAAAUCUCGACGACGGAAAUGCUCUACGCUCACUUCCUGUCGAUGGUUCCCCCC